GUUCAGCAAAACCAACCCCAACCUACCUAUAUAUUUAUUCCCUCAAUCCCUCAAUUUUUUACUUUUUUUUCACUUUGAGUUUGAGCACUUCUUGAAAAACUCUCUCUCUUUUCAAGAAAAUAUUCAAGAGGCAGGUGGCUCAGAAAUUUCUUUCACAAGAAACAAAGCCAAGAAACAUGAUUGUGAAUCCAGAAUUGUAUGAAGAGGGCAGUGCAUGCAUUGAUCCAUCCCACAUGCAAUAUCAAGCACUUCAAGAAGAUGGUUACUCACAAACUAUGGUCCAAAAUUGCAAUUCUACCAAUUUUUCCAUGGAUGAUCAGCAACAAAUGCUCUCUUAUCCUCAGCAAGAUGCUGCUGCAGCUGCCGCGGCUGCUGCAGCCAACAUGGAGCUCGAGAUCAACCAGCAAAUGGGGCUAGACCUUGAGAAUUGUUACAAUCCUAACAAUAAUGGUGAGCCUCAUUUGAUGCAAGACCAAAAUCAUCAGCCUAGUUGGGAGACUCAUCAAGUUUUGAACUUUAAUCAUUACCAGCAAAUUCAAGAAAUGCAACAUAAUAGUAACAAUAAUUGUUCGUUGGAAAACACGGCUAAUCAAUACCCUCAAACACCUGAUCUUUUAAAUCUUUUUCACUUGCCUAAUUGCUCAUCUUCUGUGCUCCCAAACUCAUCAAUCACAUUCACAAACCCGACGCACAAAUCAGGCUUUUUUGGCGAUUUACCAAACACUCAAGACACCACGGUGGGCUCAAGUUCUGUUCUUUAUGACCCAAUGUUUCAUUUGAACCUUCCUCCACCUCCUCCUAUAUUUAGGGACUUGUUUCAGUCUAAUUUUCCACAUGGGUACAAUUUUUCUGGCACGAGAAAUGGAGCGUUGUUUGAUGGAAUGGAGGAUACGGAAGGUAAUGGUGAAUUUGAUGCUGGGGUUUUGGAGUUCAGUAGAGACUUAAAUUGUUUGGGUAAAGGCAAGGGAGGUAAAGAUGUCAAACACUUUGCUACUGAGAAGCAAAGGAGAGUGCACUUGAAUGGCAAGUACGCAGUUUUGAAAAACUUAGUUCCCAUCUCAACCAAGCCUGAUAGAGCUUCAGUUGUGGGGGAUGCAAUUGACUACAUAAAAGAACUCCAGAGAACAGUGAAUGAGCUACAAAUUCUGGUUGAGAAAAAAAGGUAUAGCAGAGAAAGGCUAAGAAGGCACAUGACUGAGGAUGAAUCUGUGUUGGAAGUUGAGAGCAAAAACAUGAUGAAGCCUCAGGGUGAUUCGGACCAGGCCUAUAACGGGAAUGCACUAAGAAGCUCAUGGCUCCAGAGGAAGUCCAAGAACACUGAGGUUGAUGUUCGAAUCAUUGACGAUGAAGUAACCAUCAAACUGGUUCAACAGAAAAGGAUCAACAGUUUGUUGUUUGUGUCUAAGGUUCUUGAUGAGCUUCAGUUGGAUCUUCAACAUGUCGCUGGUGGACUUAUCGGUGAUUUCUACAGUUUUCUCUUUAAUACAAAGAUUUGUGAAGGUUCUUCAGUUUAUGCAAGCGCAAUUGCAAACAAGCUAAUUGAUGUCGUGGAUAGGGAAUAUGCAGCCAGCCAACCAACUAGUAGCUACUAGAUUGCUGUUGCUUCUAUUAGUGGACAUUCAGCUGCAGAAUUCUAACUCCUUAUAAACAGAUGAAUUUAGCGGGAACAUCUUAAUUAAGACUAGACAUGAUUAUUAGCAUAUAUAUAAUAGCAUUUAUAAUAAUGGUGGAUGAACCACCGUAAUUUGAUAUGUUGCAGUUCUAUAUUUUCAAAUCUCCAUUAUACUUGAUGAGUUUUGUAGUAAACUUAACUACAUAUAUGAUGCAUCGUUGAGACUCUCAACUAGGUUCACUUUC